AAGAAGAGGAAGAGGAGGAGGUGGAGGUGAGAGGACUAGCUGAUGGAGGAAGGACUUUGGAAUCAAGAUCUACAGCUGUUCGCAGUGUCUCAUUCGCUGGCUCUGUACAGAGGACAGAGACAUCCUGGAUGGGCGAAGAUGUGAAGCAUCCAAUGAGAGGUCUGGGCCUGUCCUCUCUGUGCCUGCAGGAAAAAAAAGCUCUGGUCAGUGCAGUCAGUGUGGCAGUGGAAGCCAUCUUGGCCCAGUUCAGUUCUUCUCGGACUGUAGUUCAGAAGGCCUUAUCAGGAGACAGCACUAUAAAUCCAUCUCUGGGCCGUCUGGUGCUGCAGUGCCUAUGCCCUGCCCUGCACAGCUUGCUGACCGAUGGCUUGAAACCCCACCAGAGUGACCUGAUUGCAGGCAGGAGGCCAAACUCCGCCUGGAGUCUUGUUCAGGCCUCAACCAAGCCAGGUCCAAAAACACAGGCCUUGCUCAACCUUCAAGUUCGAGUUGGAGAGCUGCCCCAGCUCAGACAGAGCAAACACAGGUUCAACGCAUUCCUCCUUGGCCUACUGAAUAUUAAGCAUCUUGAUCUCUGGCUGUCCCACCUUCAGUCUUGCAGUGAUGUACUCGAGACAUAUUACCGUCCCACCUCCUUUAUGCGCCUGUCACUGACCGCCUGCCAGCCUCUGUUCGAGGAGCUACUCCUCGUGUUGCAGCCUCUCAGCCUGCUCACCUUCAACCUCGACCUGCUUUUCCAGCACCACCAUUUGGAGCCAGACGGUCACAAUCCAGAGAUCCCCAGUCCACCCUGUCAGGAUGCUGGAUUCCAGCUUUCAACAGAGGGGUCUCAAAACAAAAUCACAGGCUGCGGAUAUAUUGAAAGCCUGUCAGAAGUAGACUUUGGAAGUCCAGAACAUCAGUUAGCCAAAGAGAAAUCAUCCCCAUUGGCUAAUCCAAAGAAUAGAGGAUCAGGGGAGUCAACACAUGACAGUGCUGCACCCAUAAAGGCUUCGGUCACUCUUGGGCAGACAAGUCCUCAGCUGUUGUGGGUGCAGGAGAAGGAAAUUGGAGAGUUACCGCCUCCUGAUAUUGAGGAGGACAGCCUUGCUCAGCAGGCAGGACAGGUGAUCCAGCAGGGAUGGGGAGCUGUGAUGCGCUGGGGAGGCAGACUGAGCCAGAACCUGGCUGAGCUGAACCUGAAAAAGGGAGAGAUGAGGACGGAUCUGCCAGAGCUCCAGGCACAGAGUGACUUUGCUCCGGUCAGCAGUGGUGCUCAGGUUCCCUGGGGUCUGGGGAGGCUCUUUGGAGCCUCUAAAAGCCCCAACAGCCCACCAGGUCAAACACCACCAACCAGGCGUCCCUCUCAGUGGCUGGCUCCUGGUGUCACAGCACUGACUCGAAUGGUGAGCAGCAGCUCCACCCCGAUAAUAAAGAGGGCCCCGGAGCCCCAGGGAGAUGGUCAGCCAGAGUCAGAGAAAGAGGUGGAUGCACUGGAGAUGAAGGACAAACCCAGACCACUCAGGUCAGUACGAACGCUGUGUGACCACACCGGAGCAGGUUCGGAGCUCAGCUUCCGCAAAGGGGAGGAACUCAUGGUGUUAGGAGGAGUCGAUCAAGACUGGAUUCGCUGUCGUCAGGGAGAUAACGAGGGGCUGGUGCCUAUUGGCUAUACCUCCCUCAUCAUGUGACUUCAAUACCAUAACUGCUGCACUAAAUCAAUAAAAAAAGCAAAAUAAAUAUAUAUAUAUAUAUAUUUUAGGCGAGUAUUGAGAGGUUGUGGUGAGGCUCCGUUACUCUGAAAGGGAUAUUUCACGCUUGCACGGUUAGAGUUUAAAUUGAGUGCAUAACACCAUCUGUUCUGCUUUACGUGCAUCAGGAGCAGUCUGCAACCCUCUCCCUUUAUGAACAUAUGGCUGUUUUUUCCCAUCACAAUCCAUCCAGUUUGGUAGCAUUAAACUAAUGGAUUUUAACAGCAGGAAUGCAGCAGAUGGUGUGAAAUAAUGACUCAAGUCAAAUUUAGAUCAUUUCCUACUGGAAGACCUUUGAUCUUGGAGUGAAGUAUCCCUUUAAAUGUCCUUUUCUCAAUUUCUGCCUUCCUUGUCAGCCACUGAUCUGAACAUCAUCACAGGGGAAAUUCUGUGCAAUCAACCACUAGCAGAUUCAAGUGCUUUCAGAUCAGCGGCUGCCUGUUGUGAGGCGGCGACAGUCGACAGCCUGGUAGUAGCCACGUUAAUAUCUAUAGCCGUCAGCCAUAGAGAGUUGUGGCAUGCAGGUUGUCGAGUUGAGAGAGCAUGUUAGAGUACUGGGCCGUAGCUCCUGUUGCAUACUGCGUAGUAAUGUAGUGAAUUGUAGCUGUGUAGAUCUGUGUUAUGACCUUUCACCCCUAUUGACCUCUCACCUUUAUCGCCUGGUUCAUGUGUGUUUGACAUGUUUCUGCUAAUAUAUUUGACUGUAUAAAUAUACAUAAAAAAUAUAUAAAUAGGUAUAUAAAUUGAGAUUGAUAUUACCAAGAUAGAUAGAAAGAUAGAUGAACAAGAGAAAGCAGACAGUAAAACACAAGCUUAAUACUGUGGCCACAUUGAGGAAGUGGAUGAUUUAAAAAUGAAUGGAAUCAUUCUUUAUCUUUACAUCUUCUGCAACUUUACACACAUUAAGUAGUUGUCAUACAUGCAAAAAAAAAAGGAAUAUGUGUUUGUUGUAUGAAAUCCAGUAUCUUCCCUCCUAUGUGCUUUAUGUAUUGCCAAUGUCUUGACAUCAUAUUCAUAAAAUAUUUAGAUUUAGCCUCAUACCAUAAACACUGUAUGCAUUGUAAUGUGCCAUGAAUGCUUUGAAUGAAUGCCAGAAAAUAUCUAUCCCACACACUUAUCAGACAACAGCAAUCUGUAGCUAAUCUCUCUACUCAUCCAAAACCUCAAAGGGCCAACGUGAGUUGGAAUAAACACCUCACAAAACUAUGCUCAGCUCUUGUUCAGCACUAUCUGACCAUAAAUUUAAAGCAGUGAGAAAAUCCCAGAUGUAUGUAAUUCAUCAUGCUACUGUAAAGUCUGUAGGUUUGGUGGCUGGUCUUCACCUCGUACCUCAGCUUUUGUAUUUCUCUUAACCCUUCCUGCCAUGUUUGCUUAUCAUAAUCAUUGAUAUUAAUGAUAGUGGUAGUGGUGGAAGUGAUUUGUUGAUUCUAAUGUUGCUCAUAUGAAACACAUUAAUUAUUUAUUGGUUAUUCUCUAGAUUCUGUAUUGAUUACUAUGCAUAUGGUUAAAUGUACAACUAAAAGCCUUGUUUGUUUUGAAGUCAUUUAGAUUUGAUGUUCUCAUGCAAUUCGGCAAAUGAAGCCUAAAACAAAAGCUUAAAUAGUUAAUAUAAAAGAAACUGAUUUUAACUGGUCACUAAAGGACCUCCAGGAAAGUUUCAUUUCUAUUGAUGAAUCAGGGAAAGCUCAGUUCUUGAAAGUUUCCUCAUGUUAUUGUGUCAAUGCCAUGUAGCAUGACAUUUCCGUCACUAUGGCAACUGUCCAGUAGCAUUCAGUUAAGCCAGUGCUCAUACCUUGUAACUUCUAAUCCCAAUCAAAUGCCAUCAAAUGGAUAAUCCCUAGGUGUUUACAAGAAAUAAUGUCUAGAUAGAAUAUAAAAUAUCGGUUGACGCAUUAAAAUGUGUCAAGUUUUUGUUUUUUUGUUUGGUUUUGUAUUAUUUUGUUCAAAUGUGAGGUUAUGGUCUAAAUGCAUUUGUUUUAAAGCUGUUAAUUUAUUGGAUGUACUAUUUAUUGAUAUUGAGGUUUCUGAAAGGAAUAGCUCUAUCUGACCCAUCUAGUGUCUCUCUAUCUAUCUGGGUUCAUUAUCUGAGUGUGUGUGUGUGUGUGUGAGCGUGCACAUGGCAGUGUAUGUGGCAGUGAAAGCAGAGAUGAGUGUGAGCACAUCUGUGUCUGCACAUCCUGCACUUUCACUUAUGUGUGUCUGUAAAAUGAUGAGUUCUGUACCUCCUCUUCCUCCUCUCUUUCUCUCUCUGGUGUCAUGUAGCCUGUAGACAUCCCCGUGUCCUACUAUUGCAUAUAGUUCAGUGCCCCUAUAGUGUCAGUCACUGUCCACCUCCUGCAUGUGCUUGUUUGUAAAUACACCAAAUAAAAUGAUCAGUAUAAAC